AUGUCUCGGCUCUAUCUUUACACUACACUCCCUUUGGAAAGGAUAGUGUCUGUUGUACAUGCCAAAUCUCCAGAUUCUGUACCUGGUAUGGAUUCGGCACACAAGACUCUUAAUGCCAUGCUUAACAAGCAACCGCGAUGGCUUCACCCCAGAACUGAAGAAGAUAUGGCGCGGCGACUAGAUGAGUUGUCGAUCUCACCUAUCCGUUCCAAUUCAGGCCAUGGCACCAUUCCAUCUCCAACACUGGGUGCUUCAGCGACAGUUCCAGCUCUCGAUGCCGUCCCAACCCCCCAUCUCAUAAGGAAUCAUACGAGGGCUUCACUCGAGGUGCCGCCUUUCAACCAGUAUCCCCGAGUUCAGCAGAAUGCUCCAAACAGAUCUACCGCUCAAACUCAGGAGCAAGAAGGGAGAAACACUUUCGGGAACUUCUUACAGAGAUCAACAUUCAUGACUACAUCGACAGACUGCACGACGGGGACUUUUAAAAGCUUGGUGCAAGACUAUGGGCGUCCAUAUGUCAACACAGUCAAACGGCUUAUCAAGAGAUAUACGGCGCCUCUAAACCGACAAGGAUCAGAUCUCUCGCCCAUCUCGGAUGAGGAGCCCAGUAUGACCUCUUGGCUCAACGACCGCGACGCACCCAUUUCCCUGCCCAACGGGCCUUACUACAUGCCUAGCAACUUCUUAUGUAUCGAUCAAGUCGCUUCAAACCAAUAUACAUGUUUCGAAAACGCCGAGGAGCAUAUGAGAAAAGCAUGCUUUUGCCGUCCUAUCGAGGAACUCCAAGAGCCGGCCUGGAUAACAGUACAAGGUUUUACGCAGAUUGGAAUUAACGCUGCCUCAGCUGCUGUCAAUGAUGGCAUUUUUGAAGAACGGGACCAAUUCGGCCACACUGUCUUCCAUCUUAUGGCAGCGAGGUUCUUUCACGACGACCUUUUUCAAACAAUUCGACUAUGCCACAGCACGGAUGUCCUCAACGCACAGAACACAGCUGGCCAGACGCUUCUACACGUUCUACACACUUGCUGGUUCCAAAGCGGAUCCCUACGAAAUCUCCUGGACAUACUGGCUCAGAAAGGAUUCGACUUUAGUGCCCGCGAUCACUAUGGUCGUUCGUUUUCGCACCUUCUCCUUAUUAACAGCGCCUCAAUGGAUCUGCGAAAGCAUUUGUUCCACCUUUGUGGCCCUACAAAUUUCCAGAGGAGAGACGCCUUCGGCAUGAUGCCUACCGACAUAACACCUCCUGAGCAUCCCAUAAGGAUCAACAGGGUGUAUACCCAAACCAUGGACAUUGACCCGCCGAUUCAUAUGUUGCAACGAGAGAGUGCCGACCCUUACCAUACAAACGAUAUACAACAAGAAGCACGGCUACUCCAAAGCAUCCGUGCCGCUCAGAACGCUCCUCUAUUUGAAGAUGAACAUGGCCGCAACGGAUUUCACUGUCUCGCUGCAGCCACGCUGAGCUCACCCAGCGUUACGCAAAAGUAUGGCCUGGAUGAGGAGGGCUUGCCAAACCCCCAAAAACGAAGAAGAGACAAGGCCAACAAAUACUCGGAUUCAAGCGCCGAUAAGUUGGAGUUUCGCCGAACAGUGCUACAAAAUCUCAUGGUAGCCGGCGUUGAUCCAAACCACUAUGACCUACAAGGCAACACACCACUCAUGGCCUUCGCCGCCCAACUUCCGGAAGAUGACGACCACAUUGUCGGCCUUAAAAUCAUCAAAGAGCUUAUUGAAGCCGGUGCGAACGUCAACGCGCGCAACAGAGCGGGCGAGACAGCACUACAUAUCGCAGUCCGCUGUGGUCACAAGCUAGCUGUCAAGCAACUUGUCAAUAGCGGCGCGAAUGUGCACGCUCGUGAUGCGGCAGGUCGAAGCGUGCUUGAAGUUGCGGAUGUGAAGAUGAGGAGUUUGAGGGGCGAAGAUGAAGCUGAGUAUGCGCACUUGGAGGCUUGUCGGGCGUGGUUAAGCGGUACGCCGGGUGGUGCGGUACAGGAGCCUACGGUGAUGCAGGAGUGGGGUAUCCGUACGACAGGGCAGAAUUAG